AUGGGCAUCCUCAGCAUAGACUUGCUGAUCACACUGCAAAUUCUGCCAGUUUUUUUCUCCAACUGCCUCUUCCUGGCUCUCUAUGACUCGGUCAUUCUACUCAAGCACGUGGUGCUGCUGUUGAGCCGGUCCAAGUCCACUCGCGGAGAGUGGCGGCGCAUGCUGACCUCAGAGGGACUGCGCUGCGUCUGGAAGAGCUUCCUCCUCGAUGCCUACAAACAGCUAAAUUGUCCUCCAUCAGGUUUUAGCAAAGAUGGACACAUUUUAUGACUAGUAUAUGAAGCUUAUAAAAGCAGACUACUGGUCUACUCACAUUUGGAUUUAUGGAUGGUGAAAUUGGGUGAGGAUGCCCCCAAUUCCAGUGUGGUGCAUGUCUCCAGUGCAGAAGGAAGUGACAACAGUGGCAAUGGUACCCAGGAGAAGAUAGCUGAGGGAGCCGCAUGCCACCUUCUUGACUUUGCCAGCCCUGAGCGCCCACUAGUGGUCAACUUUGGCUCAGCCACUUGACCUCCUUUCACGAGCCAGCUGCCAGCCUUCCGCAGACUGGUGGAAGAGUUCUCCUCGGUGGCUGACUUCCUGCUGGUCUACAUUGAUGAGGCUCAUCCAUCAGAUGGCUGGGCGAUACCUGGGGACUCCUCUUUGUCUUUUGAGGUGAAGAAGCACCAGAACCAGGAAGAUCGAUGUGCAGCAGCCCAGCAGCUUCUGGAGCGUUUCUCCUUGCCGCCCCAGUGCCGAGUUGUGGCUGACCGCAUGGACAAUAACGCCAACAUAGCUUACGGGGUAGCCUUUGAACGUGUGUGCAUUGUGCAGAGACAGAAAAUUGCUUAUCUGGGAGGAAAGGGCCCCUUCUCCUACAACCUUCAAGAAGUCCGGCAUUGGCUGGAGAAGAAUUUCAGCAAGAGAUGAAAGAAAACUAGAUUAGCUGGUUAAAGGUAUGAUUAUAAGAGAGCUUAUUGUUUUAAAAAGUUAUAUAAAGGCAAAGAAAUUAAGAACUGAAUCCAUAUUUCAACAGAGCCCUAUUGGCUGACUGAAAGACAGGAGUUUAUCUAUCGGAAGAACAUGAAUCUCUAACAGCUCCAUACUUCUUUCACUACUCAAAUGGCAUUGGGCUGAGUAAGUAGCCGUAUCAACUCUCUUCUUAGUAAAAAGCCUUAUGUGAAAAGAUCCCAAGAUGGAGAGGAAGAAACCCUGAUUCAGCAUGUGUUCAUUCUGCAUUGAGAAGGAACUGAUACAUCUGAUGCAUGCUUUGAGACCAGAAGAAAAGACUUACCUGAAUAAUUACUACAUUAGGGAAGCUACUGUCUACGUUAAGAUAAAGGGUAUUGCCUUGGCUCUAUUUGGCAUGGAUGGAGCCCACUUGGAAAAUUCCCAAAUAUUACAACAAGUCCUUGAACCCAGGCCAUGUGGUUAGACGUUGGUGUUAAGGUUAGACCUUAUGUUAGAGUCGUUUCUGAUGUUCCAGCUUCUAGCCAUGCAGUGCUCUCAGUCUUCAUAUCCCAGAAAUUACUGGUAUAUUUCCAGAUACCAAGAAUGAUCCCUCAAUCUGGGAGGUUAGAAUGAUCAUCUGUAAUCUGCGGGUUAAUUUCUAGGCAGGUGGAGAGAGUGCUAAAAAAGAAAUGAAACUGACAUGCUAGGAAAGAGGAGGCAGAAAGAUUUGGAAAAUUCACAGGGUUUCACCCUUAAGCUGUAGAGAGUGGGACUUAUUUGUUAGCCACAGAAACAUAGAAACAUACACAAGGCCAGAAAAAGAAGAAGGAGCUCAACUAAAAGUGGCAUAGAGAAUACACAUAUAGAAACAAUAUAUUUGUCAUAUGCUCCUAGAGAGGAGAAAGGGGGGAUUGAAAGAAAAAAAAAUACUUAAAUAUUUGUAAUUGUGAGGGGUUUCUUUUGGAAAUAGUUACUUUUGAACCAUGUAUGUGGUAUGUAUAUUUUCAGUGGGUUAAUUAGACCCCAUGAUACCUAUUAAAGGAAAACCAGUGGGUCUGGUGGUGCUGGUCUUUUCCUCCCCAUUCCUACAAUUUCUAUGUGGCCCAAGUCAUUCCUAAUCUCAGUCUCUAUAGCAGUGUUCUCUCUGAAUGCUGAGCUGAAGAAAUUAUACAUACAUACAUACAUACAUACAAAUAUAUGUAUAUAUAUUCUCAGCUGCUGUGGGAGGUAGGUACCAUGGCCAUUCAGCACAGCCUUGAUUUCCUCCCAAAGUAGGUGAGCUAUAAUGAAGAAUAGGUGCAAACAAACAAGCUUACUUCCAUUGCAAAAUAGAAGAAGAGGAAGUUAGAGAUAAUUCUGAUCGAUCAUUUUGGAGGCUUUGUUAUAAGGCAACCCCUGGUAUCACGGAAUUUCCAUUGACAUUUGAAUUUGGACUUGGAUCUUCCUUUUGUCCCAUUAGCUGAGGUUUAGUAAUCUAAAGUCCCUAUAGUAUAUGAUUAUAAUGCUAUUUAAAAAAAUAUAUAUAAAAAAUAUUUUUUCCUUUUAAAAUAGACACUAUAGUUUUACCCAUAAGUAAUAUUUAAAGAUUAUAGCCCCCAAAAGAAUGGACCAACCAAUUUCAUAUCAUAAUUUCUUUUUGGUAAAUAUGAGACUAUUAUGAAAUCAUUGUAUAUGAUUGUAUUUAAAGGUACAGUCAAAGGAUCUUUUGUCCACUCCAUUAAUAACUGAAUAAAAAAUAAAUAGAAUGGAUUAAAAAAACUAAAGUUGAAAAUACAUUCUUAAACUAGUUGCCUGAAAUGAGAAAAGAAUGAGAACUAGGUGUGCAAGAACCAAAAGUAUUUUAUUUUUUUUAAAUGGGAGCAGCAUAUCAGUCAUGUCACUAGCUGGUAUAUUGUGUAAAUACUAAAGCUCCAUUGAGACUGAUUUUUCAUGGCAACAUCAGCUUUCUAAUGUUUUAAAUUCUGUAAAAACCACCCACAAAGAAACAAAGCAAAUUGCAUUAUCUAAUGAGUUGCUGGAAAAUCAUAUUGAGAAUAAUUAUUUCAGAUUCCUCAGUUGUUAACCUGUACAUUCAAGGCUUAUCUCUGCCCCCAUUGAUUUUUAACCUCAAAAUGGUGUUGAGAUUUACGUGGGACCCUAAAGCAGUGAAAUAAAAAACCUGGUUGCAGCACAUUCACACUGUUGUCCUUAAACUUCCCCUUUGUUCUAUAUGUACGAUAAAGUAACAGUAUGUCAGAUAAGCCGGUGGGGGGAUGAGAUUUGGCUGAGGCAGUGCUAGUCGACUGGGGAAAAGGAUGAUGGAAAAAUCACCCAGUUGUGCUAUAUUUUUAAAGAAGGAGGUCGUUUAUGUGUGCAGACAAUUCUCCCUGAGGUUAGCCCAAUGGAGAAAUGAAGCAGAGGAAGGAAACAGAAAGACAUAGGCUAUCAGGGAGGAAGAUGUUCAAUAGAAUAUGCAAGAAUUUCUGGCUGGAAGAAAGGCUGUGGAAGGGCCAAUGGAGAAAAUGGACAAAGCUCAGGAAUCCUACACUAUGUAGAAUGUCUUGGUGUUAUCAGGGUUAAGCCUGUAAUUAUGUAACGUAUUUAUCGCAACACGCAUUUUUAUGAUUUCUUGUGAUGUAUUCUUUUAUGAAAUUAACAAUAACUAAUUAUUUUGAGGUAGAGGAAAAUCAAUGCUUUAGCUGAUAUGCUGAGAAAUUAUUAGAUUGCCAAUACUCACGUACGUAUCAUAUGUUUUAUAAGGUAUGUUCCUUUGAAGAAUUGUAGUUCUUAGUCUCACAGGGAAAAGUGUAUCUAUUUAUAUAUCAGUAUAAAUCUAUGAUAUAUGUAUAUCAUAUAUAAAAGUCUGAGUUCUCUUAGUUCCUAAUCAUGUUUCUCCCAUAGGCUGUGUUUACAUGGAGCUAUUAGUUUAGCCUUUUAAGCUUCAUUAGCUUGUCUAUUAUUGAAAUAGUUUCCAAGAAAUUUUAGAUAUUAUCAUAGCAUCUGGGUUUACUCAAACACUUAUUGUUUGAAAGACUUACGUCUUGGAACUAUCAAAAACUGACUUUAUUUAUUGCUUAGUUAAAAUACUAGUGGGAUCAACAAUGAUUUUCUUGAAUGGGCAUGAAUGGAGAUGCCUGCACAGUAAUGUAGAAGUGUUUCAUACAGCUAUUAAAAUGUAACUGACCUCCUUAGAGGCAGAUUAGUAACUGUUCCUGUUUUGUAUAGCUACGUGACAGCCACUUAACUUACAUGACUUUCUUUUUUCACAUUGGGUCUCUGGUCCUGUGUCUUCACCUCAUUUAUAGAACAUCUCCUUGAUUUUUGGUAAUAUCGACUUCCCAGUGAUCUGUUUAGUUAAAUUCUUCUCCCAUUAACCAGGAGGUGCUUAUUCUCUCAUCACGGUGGGAAGAAUAGCCUAUUGUCUUUCAUUUUGCCUAAGUGUAUUUUACUAUUUGGGCUCUGAAAUAAAAAUUAUGAAAUAUGGUGAGGUCACAUGUUGGUGCUGCCUUGCUGCAUAAAAUUCUAGAGGGCAGGUUAGAGACAAUAUGUAUGCCUUUGGGAAAAUUCAAAGGUGGAUUACAAGGUGUCCUCAGCAUGCCCUAUGGGCUAUGUGCAAAGCAAGAGGAAUUGACUGAUUUACAGGACUUCUCUUUAUGUCAAUCAUAAGAGGAUGGAUGAAUCUGGACAUUUGUUCCACCUGACCUCUGACUGAUGGUUUGGAAAAUAACUUUAAUUAGGAUCAUAUGACCAUUGAAAAAGGAAAAAUGUAGACCCACUGACUUCUGUCCCACUGAAGGAUUAAUGAAAACCUUUACUAGCAUUUAGAGCUUUUCAGAACAUCCCCAAUGUCAUGUAUCUCAGCAGUGGAGACUAAAAGUAAGGCUUUUAAUUUUAGGAGGCUUUUUUUUCUCCUAAAUGGUAUUGCCAAAAAUCAGAGUUAAAAUAUAUAUAGUCAGAUUCCAACUUCCUCCUUCACUCUAAAAACAUAAUCCAAACCCACUCUUCAUAUACACUUCUGAAAUGGGGCUUAAGUACCAAUCUCCACUUUGCAAUUGGCACACUCUUGGUCAUGUCCUGAGGCUGUCUAAGAAAAGAGAGGAUCUAGGGUGGGAGAGCUAGAAAGUUGCUAACUGGGAAGAACAAGGCCCUGAGGGCUUGGUCUACCAAUCUGGGAAGAUUUGAAAACAAACUUCUCACAACUGAAGGAAGGCUGAAGGCUGCUGCAAGUCAUUGAGUGGCUUUAGGAUGAGCAAAACAUUGGGCCACUUCCUAAUGCCCUAUGUGUAUAGUACCAGAAGCAAGGUCUCAGACUUAACAGACCCAGCUCUGUUCCAAGGUGAGUCUGAACCAAUAGAAAGCAAACAUGUGCAGGUAUCCAAACAAGACUGCUCAUGCAAGUCGGGGCUGGCUGCCCGUCUUAGGCAGCAACAGCAGAGCUCCAGGGAGCUUAUUCAAUAUUUACUGAGACUUCGAAGACCCAGCAGAUGUUUAAUGAAGUCACUAUUUUGGCUCAAACCCUCCAUUUCUCCCCCUCCCCUCAAAAAACAAACAGGUAAACACAUAAAUGAAAGAAACCCACAGAAGGGGAUGGGAAAUAAAGAAAAUUCUCUCAAGACUUCUCCAGGCCCAUGUCACUGGUCAGUGUGGUUUUUACGUGUAUUAGGAUUGGGGGAUGUGAAGAAAUAAGUAUCCAGUACUUUAUAACCAAAGCAAUUAAAUGAUAUUGGGUAGGGAAUGUUGGCCAGUUUUGUUUAGUUUUGCAUCACAUUGUCACCAGACUCACUAGCCCAAGUAAUCGGGCGCCCGAAGAGGGAGACAGAGAUGUGCAGAGUUGACCAGUGUGCGGAUGAUAACUACUGACGAAAGAGUCAUCGACUCAGUUAGUGGUUGGAUGUAGUCACAUUAGUUUGCCUCUCCCCAUCUUUGUCUCCCUGGCAAGGAGAAUAUUCGGAACAUGAUGCUAAGAGUCCUGGGUAGAUGUGGUGAGAAUGCAUGCGUGCAUAUGCUACUCAUAUGUGUUUCUCAGUUGCAGAAAAUGAACUGCUUUGGAGAUUAUCAGUAGAAAGAGUGUUAUCAUAUUGGUGCUGAGUGCUAUGUGUGCUUAUACAAUUUGUUCUUAUAUUUUAAUGAACUUUGAAUAAAAGAAUAAAGCUAC